AUGCCUUCCUCUUCCAAAGACAUCCCAGAUGAAGUGUGGUCACAGCACAAAGGCACCAUUCUAAAACUUCGUUUCGACGAAGGCCUUCCACUCGAUGCUGCCAAGUCAAAAUCUCGAAAUACCGUCCAGGUUAUGAAAGACGACCAUGGAUUUGAAGCGACGGCGGCGCAGUAUGAAACACAGCUAAAAAAAUGGAAAGCAUCCAAGAACAUCAAGAGGAAAGACUGGGAAACGAUUCUUCCCAUCUACAAUGAUCUCGAAAGGCGCGGCUUGAAGCCCCGUGUAAGGCUCAGCGACCGGAUUCUUGCUGAAGGAAAGGUCAGGAAAGCACGUCGUUAUCGUACGUCGGUCCAGAAAAGGACUGGUCAGAGCGAUGCACUAUCAGCAUCCUCUGGACAGACACGUCUCUGGCGCAUCGAGUACUGCCGUGAUGAUGGCACAUAUUCCGAAUACUUUGGUGGACAUUUAGGGACGAAUAAUAGGCAGACCUCACCCCAGAUGGCCUUAUCUCUACGCGAGACGAAUGUUGUUUCUUCCGCCACCCACAAUCAAUCUGCACAAGAGAGCUUCACCUGGAAUUCGGAUCAAAAUCUAGAGAACACGGCAAGCUCCCAAUUGGACACUCACCAUCCUUUUUCAUAUUCACCGAUGCUCAACUUUGAAGACUUUGAGCCAAUGCCUAGUUUUCUUCGUGAACUAGAUACAUGUCCAGAGCCGACAGGUUUCGGCAUCAAUGGAUUAUGUUCGCUAAAUACGGCGAGGGCUGAGAAUUUGGGUCUAAUAUUUGACGACCACGACUUUCCAUUGGUCAAUUCAAGCGACCACCUCCCAGCGUCAACCCCUGGUACUGUCAAUCCAGGAUCCUUAGUCCUCGGUUCUAAUCUUUGGGAUCCGUCCAGCCCACGGAUGAGCGACAUCUACAACUGUAUACGACUUCCAGCCCCGUCACUAUAUGAACCUCAGUUGGUUCUUUCAAAAGAACGGAUUACUUUUACGCUUGGUGGUAUUUUUAAGGACCCUGCUUUGCGGCUGAGCCUGGAUUUACAAUCUGUCUCUGCCCAACAUAUCAUAGACAGCCUGCAAUCCUUGCUUUUUGAUUAUGGAUGUGGUCAAGGAAUGUCAAACGGGCUCAGCCUAAUGGCCUACCAGGCUAUUCCGGCAUCUGAAAUAUUUAAGCGUGUUAUCUUUUCUAUUGCUAACAACUUUGCUGUGCUGACAGAUAUCCCGCGGGCUAUCAUCUUUGGCAUGUUGAAGAACUUCUCUAAGACGAGGUCGGACCUCAUGGCCUGUCUUCAAUCGCAGAACAUCAAUUUCUCAAAACCUCUCGCGGACAAUCUCUUUCGUGCUGCUGUUGAGGCUGGCGACGAAGAAGUAGUUGGCAUUAUCCUCGACACCACCUUCGGCCAAGCCAACGCGGUUGAUAUCAACGAGAUAGUCUGCGAAUUGGGCGGCAUGCGAUAUUCGGCACUGUCCAUGGCGGCGUAUUUGCAUCGCCCGGCCAUGGUGCGGAAGUUGCUCGAGCACGGUGCCAAAGUCGGCGGCGAUCAUUUUACUUGCGGCUGCCGAAAUAAACAUUAUCAUGGCUGCUUAGACUUUUGGAACCGUGAUUGCCCGCUGACCGUAGUAUUCGACCAGUACAGACAGCCAGGGGAUCAACUAACCUACAUGAAGCUGCCUCAUCUCGCUUGCAAUGAGAGUGAGGCAGCUGAGAUUGUGAAGCUGAUACUAGAUCGUGAGCCGGCAAUGGUAGCACGAUUGCUCAAGUGGCCUAUUUUCUUUGAGACAACUAGUGAUCGACUGCUGGAACUGUUGGUUCAAGCCGUGCCUCCAGACCGUCAUGCCGAAAUCUUUAAGCUGCUGAGCGAACCAGAGGAAUCGCCCACCUCAACAUGCCGGGGACUGUACCCUUUCGUGGGGAGAUUGGAGCCACAGAGGGCAAAGCAUAUCGUCAGCACGCUGCUGUUACUUUGCCAGAGGAUUGGGUGCCAACCUAGUAAAUUGGACAUGUCGUUCAACUAUGUCACCAACCGGGCAAUCUUGAGCAAACAAUUUGACCUAGCGGAUUACUUCUUGGCUAUAACCCAACCAGAUCAAAGCAAUCUUGCCGCUGCUAUUCGUAGUAGGCGAACGGAUUUGGUGGACUCGCUCUUGGAGCAGGGUGCCUUGAUGAGGUACGGGACUGCUCCAUGUUGUGAUGACAUAUCUCAUCCCUACAUUUCAUUCCAUUGCGGCAAACCAACGACGCCCCUGGCUGAGGCAAUACGGUUGCAAGAUCCCAGUCUCAUAAAGCGCCUUGGGGAAUAUGGGGCACUGAAUAGAAUACAAGAGGCACACCUGGAAGACUUUGCUGCUGCCCUCUUCGCAACAGUGGAAGUAGCCGACUGCUUUUUUUUGGAUCAGCUUCUGGCCACGAACCCUAUCAAGAUUGAGGCAUGGAAUUCCGCUAUCAGUGAAGCAAUAGGGUUGUCCCACUUCGAAAUAGCCAUUGCUUUGAUCAGGCAUGAUGCCACACGUUGGCUCGUUGUAGGUUCGGGUCUAGUGGAAGCGGCGCUAAAAAGCGGGAAUACUGAACUCGUGCAAACAAUAGUUGACCUCGCCGAUGAUUCUAACGUUCACAAGAGAGUCGUCAUGGCAUCUGUGCAACAGGGUGACACGAACGCUGUUAAAGCCUUACUUGAGCUGGAUGGCGAAUCGUUGAGAGAUGCACUCGUGAUAGCAGUCGAGAGUGGCAAUGUCGAGCUGGCAGCCAUGCUCCUGGAGCGAGGAGCCACCCCGGAAGGUCUUGAUGCGGCAAUUGAAGUUGGUGACGUCAAUCUGUUGAAUCUCCUGCUCCGACAUGGCGCCGAUCCUGCGGAUGAAUACGCUUUUUUAUCCGCUAUUUAUACUGGUAAUAUUCAAGUAUUGGAGGUUCUCGUGGAAGCCUUUACCACAAGGUAUCCAUACGGAAAGCAGGAUUUCGUACAACAAUUCCUUUUCAGAGGCCUCGGGGAUCGCGGCUUCGUUGAUCUGGAUUUAGCGCUGAGAUUAAAGUCGCAUCCGAAUGGUUGGCUUGACUCUUCGAAAAAGUGCGUGCUUGUUGAGGUGAUUGCAAUGUGCCGGGAAAAUGAAGCCGAGGGCAACGAAAUGGUACGCCGUUUGAUCAAUGCUGGAGUAAGCUUAGAAUUCCAAGACAAAGACGGGAUGACUGCACUCCUCCAGGCUGUGAAAAACAACAACUUGCAACAAGUUGAGUUUCUCUUACAGAAUGGUGCGAAUAUCAACCGUCCGGCGCGAUGGGGUCUAAAACGGACACCUCUACAGCAAGCUUGUGAGAUGGGCAGUUUCGAGAUGGUCCAGUUUCUGGUAACUAAAGAUGCACUCAUCAAUGCCCCUCCGGCCAAGGAUGGAGGCGGAACCGCCCUACAGCUUGCUGCCAUAAGCGGCAGUGUGCAAAUUGUCCAAUUUCUUCUAUGUAAGGGAGCCGAAAUCCACGCAGCGCCAGCUCUCAAGCACGGCCGAACCGCUCUAGAAGGAGCCGCAGAGCACGGUAGGGUCAGUGUGCUUGAUAUUCUUCUUCAAAGGGGGGCACAAGGGUAUAGCAGAGACGAUAUUUCGAAGGCCAAGUUUUAUGCAGAAAAGGAAAAGCAACGUGGCUGUGAGGAGAGGCUCAAGCAAGCUCUCUUCUGGACAGGAGGCCUGACUCGUGCAUCUUUGAAUUGA